CACACGAGGGGGAUCAUAUGUGCGGAAAACUACCGGAAGACGACAGUUCCGCUGAAGGACUUUUUAUCCCUAAAGAGAAGGUUUGCGACGGAUAUUUUGAUUGUCGUGAUAAAUCUGAUGAAGGGGAAGACUGUACCGGUAUAUCAUGUGAGAUUUCUGAGUUCCGUUGUAGAAAUGGGGAGAAGUGUAUCCAGAAGUAUCAACAGUGUAAUCAUAGGAACGAAUGUGAAGAUGGUUCUGACGAGGAGAAUUGCAAUUUCCCUCCCUGCCAUUCUGGACAGUUUCGAUGUGAAAACGCACUUUGCAUUCCUGCACGUUGGAGAUGUGACGGAUACAAGGAUUGUACAGAUGGAUCUGAUGAAAAUAAUUGUACUGCAGUCAGCUGUCCUAAUAAUAAGUUCAACUGUCCAAAGGGUGGUUUGAAUGGAUCCGCUAAAUGUAUAGAGAAGGAUAAGGUUUGUGAUGGUAAGAAGGAUUGCGAGGAUGCCGCUGAUGAAACUGGAUCAUGUUCCACUGGUAACUGUUUAUCCCUGGGAUGUGAGUAUGAAUGCCACACCUCCCUGGAUGGCGGGUUCUGUAUCUGUCCGCAGGGUAAGAAGAUCGCAAACGACUCCAGAUCAUGCGUAGAUUUGAACGAGUGUGAGGAGUGGGGCUACUGCGAUCAAAAGUGUGAGAAUGUAGAGUAUGGCGGGUCUGGAUUCCGUGACCCGAUAGAGACGGGUGGUUCUGGGUUCCGUUGUUCCUGCGUGGAAGGAUACGAGCUGAAAGAUGGCACCAGAUGCGAAGCAAGUCUUUCGUUACAAAAACCCUAUCUCUACUUUACUCAUGGAGAUGAAAUUUUGAGGGCUGACCUAAAUGGCAACGACCAGUCUGUUAUCUCGAACGCGACCUCGGCUAGUGGCCUCGACUUCCACUUCAAGAAGAAUCUUCUAUUCUUCUCUGAUGUCGAAAAGAGAAAGGUUUUUCGACUGGAACUUGACUCUACUGGGAAGAAUGUGGUCGCAAAGCGAGAUUACAGUGUCCCUGGCGCUUGGAGUCCUGUAUCUAUUGCAGUCGACUGGGUUUCCGAUAAUCUCUACGUCGUCGACAGCCUGGGUCAAAAAAUCGACAUUUUCGACAUUGACGGUGACUACCACGCCAUUGUAAUGUCGUCCAAUCUGACCUCACCGACCGAUAUUGCGCUGGAUCCUAGGAGUGGAUUUAUGUUUAUUACGGAUAAUAACAGAAUACUGCGCGCGCAUAUGGAUGGUUCUCUGGUGAAAACUCUCGUGGAAGACGCGGUGUACAAGGCAAGUGGUUUAUCCCUGGAUCUUGUGACUAGUCGAGUUUACUGGUCUGAUGUACUCCUAGACUAUAUUGAGACUGUAGACUAUAAUGGAGAGAACAGGGUUAAUAUCAUUAGAGGAGCCAAUACUGUUCCAGCACCCAAUAGGUUGACGAUAUUUGAGAGAUCAGUAUUCUGGACGGAUACUACUAAGCAGGGUGUUCUCCAGGUGGAUAAAUUUAACGGCAAGGAAUCCAUCUCUACUAUAUUCAACGAACAGGGUUCCACGAAGGAGGCAAUUGGUAUCAAGGUAUUCCACAAGUUGACCCAACCUGACAGCUACAAUGCGUGUGGAAAGAAUAACGGGAACUGUGAGCACAUGUGUAUUCUGACCGCUAGAACAGAGGAAACAUGGGGGCUAGGAUACAAGUGUGCUUGUAAGAUUGGUUACAGGCUAAACAGUGAUCAACGACGGUGCACUCGUCUCACUGAGUUCCUCAUGUACUCUCAGCAGAAGUUUAUCAAGGGGAAGGUCUUGGAUCCCAUUGUUCCUUCAUUCAACGAUGCUAUUCAACCCAUUGUUUCCAGGUCUGCUCGGUUUGUUGGCUUGGAUUUUGAUGCCAGAGAAGAAGCUAUUUACUACAGUGAUGUUAUCCUAGAUGUCAUUUACAAGGUAAAGAAAGAUGGAACCCAACGUGAGAAUGUUCUAGCAAGUCAGAACGAAGGUGUUGAAGGACUAGCGAUGGAUUGGGCUUCAAGGAACCUGUACUAUAUUGACUCCAGGAAAGGAACCCUGAAUGUGCUGAGCACCAAGACCCCAGAUAACCGUCGAACCCUGCUCAGUGAUCUGAAAAGACCCAGAGCUAUUGUGGUACAUCCGAACCGAGGAUACAUGUUCUUCAGUGAAUGGGAUAGACCAGCAAAUAUUAGUCGAGCUAACAUGGACGGAACGGAAGUAAAGGUAUUCCGAAAUGUACUGCUGGGUUGGCCGAAUGGUUUAUCAAUGGAUUAUGCUCGUGAUAGAUUAUAUUGGUGUGAUGCUCUUCUAGAUCAUAUUCAGCAUGCAAACUUAGAUGGAACUGAUGUGAAGACGAUAUCUUCUACACUUAUUCGGCAUCCUUUCUCUUUAGUCGUCUUUAAGGAUGACCUUUACGUGACGGACUGGAGACUGGACGCUAUUAUCCGUAUGCACAAGGAGACUGGAGAAAACGCGACAAUUGUCGAGAAAGUCGAGGAGAGUAAUCGACUCUACGGAAUCAAGAUAUUCUCCGAGGAGAAUCAGUUGAUCACCUCCAACCAUCCCUGCCACAACAGCAACGGAGGUUGCAAGAAACUCUGCUUCCCUGUACCAGAUAACUCAACGGAGAAGGGCAUUAAAGCCAGCUGUGGUUGUCCCUAUGGAGAAAGGUUGCAAGGAGAUGGUAUCAGCUGUGCCAGUGACCCUAGCUCCGAGCCCCCGGUCAAAGCGUGCCCGAACUCAUGGGAUUUUACCUGUGACAACCAACGUUGUAUACCUAAGACCUGGGUGUGUGACGGUGAUGAUGAUUGUCUUGAUAAUUCUGACGAACUUCAAAACUGUACUAAACCCACAUGCAGGGAGGAAGAGUAUCAAUGCAAGAGCGGACGUUGUAUUCCAAAUUCCUUCCGCUGUGAUGCAGAUAAUGAUUGUGGAGAUUUCUCAGAUGAGACUGGAUGUCUGAACGUUACCUGUGAAGACAGUCAAUUCCGUUGUACUAACGGCCGCUGUAUUCCUAUGACCUGGAAAUGUGACGGGGAAAACGACUGUGGCGACGGCAGCGACGAAGGAAACACGUGUGAUGAGAAAACGUGCGCAUAUUUUCAAUUUACAUGUGCACAAUCAGGUCACUGUAUCCCACAGUCCUGGGUCUGCGACGGAGACAACGAUUGUUUCGACAAUACCGACGAGUCGAGUUGUCCUCCUAUCACAUGCUCCUCGUCGCAUAUUAAAUGUGGGAACCUGAACAAGUGUAUCCAUGAAUCCUAUAAGUGUGACGGACUCCCUGACUGUGAUGAUGGGAGUGAUGAGCAGGGUUGCCCUGAAAUUGCCGAGGAUCAGUGUGAUCCAGACCGACAGUUCCGGUGUGGUAAGACUGGAGUAUGUGUUCCUAAAGCCUGGUACUGUGACGGUACUCCAGAUUGUGACGAUGGUUCAGACGAACCUACAACAUGUGGAAAUGUGAACUGUCAAGAAGGAUACUUUAAAUGUAACAAUGACAAGUGUGUGUUUAAAGCGUAUAUAUGUGAUGGUGAAGAUGAUUGUGGAGAUGGAAGCGAUGAAGGUGAAGAGCAUGCUUGUAAAGCUGUUACAGUCCCUUGCCCUGAAGGACAAUGGAAAUGUCCUGGUGAUCAUGUGACCAAUGUUUGUAUUGAUAUCAACAAGGUUUGCGAUGAUAAUCCUGAUUGUCCCAAUGAAGGAGAUGAAGGUGUUCUUUGUGACGCUAAUGACUGUGCUGGAACCCGAGCAGGAUGUUCAAAUGGAUGUCUGCAGACCCCUGCGGGUCCUAUGUGUACCUGCCCACGUGGAGAAACUCCCCACAAGAAUGAUACUCGGGUUUGUGUGGACCUGAACGAAUGUGACCCCCCUGGAGUAUGUAGUCAGACCUGUACCAACAUGAAGGGAGGAGCUAACCGUCCUGGAUAUAUUUGCUCCUGUGCUGAAGGAUACAUCCUAGAGCCUGAUAAAUCCUCAUGUAAAGCUACAAACCAUUCUGAGGCUUUCCUCGUUAUCUCCAACCGCAGAACUUUACUGGUGAGUGAUCUCCAGGAGCAUUCUCUAGAGAGGAUCCCUGCUGACGUGGAGAAUGUAGUUGCUACAGCUUCCAACAUGCAUGAUGAUAUUAUUUACUGGUCUGACAUGAAGGUUAAGAUGAUCAUGAGCUUCAAGAAGGAUGGAGGAACUGAGAAACCUAAACCUCUAAUCAGUAGUGGAGUAGAUCUAGUGGAAGGACUGGCAUAUGAUUGGGUUGGUAAGAACAUAUACUGGCUGGACUCUAGACUUAAUACUAUUGAGGUCGCGAAGGAGAACGGAACCCAUAGAAUGAUCCUGAUCAACCAAAACAUUACUCAACCACGUGGACUCACUCUUGAUCCUAGUGAGGGUGCAAGAUGGUUGUUCUGGACAGACUGGGGAGAGAAUCCAAGGAUUGAGAGGGUUGGUAUGGAUGGUAACAACCGACAAGUUAUCAUAUCUACCAAGAUAUUCUGGCCGAACGGUCUUGCUCUGGAUAUACCGACGAAACGAGUUUACUUUGCUGACUCUAAACUUGACUUUAUUGAUUUCUGUAAUUACGAUGGGACAGGGAGACAGCAGGUUGUAGCAAACAGUCACUACCUUCUCCAUCCUCACUCCUUGUCAGUGUUUGAAGAUCAAGUUUACUGGACUGAUCGUCAGCUCAAUAGAGUUCUCAAGGCUAAAAAGUUCCGUGGUGCCAACGAGACUAUUGUGAGUCAAUUAGUUUCCCAACCUCUCUCUGUUCAUGUUCAUCAUAGAUCCUUGCAGCCUGAUAUGGUGAACCCAUGUGAGAAAAAUGAAUGUGAUCAACUCUGUCUCCUCUCCCACUCCGACCCGAAAGGUUUUGUGUGUAAGUGUAGACCCGGAUUCAGAUUGGUCGACGACAAGACCUGCGUGGAGAAGGAGAACCCUUACCUCAUGGUUGUCAAGAACUCCCAGAUUGUCGACCUCUCCGUCAUGCCCGAGGAUGAGAGUGUCGGUCACAUCACCCCGAUUGUAGAUCUCAAGAUCGGGAAGAGUGUUGACUAUGACUCCAGCCAGCAAACUAUAUUCUGGACUGAGCUGGAAAAUGAAAAGGACAAGAACGGAACCCUGUACUACUCCAAUAUUGGAGGAGGAGAUAAAAUCAAUUUCUUUGGUGAGUUCGACACAGGGAUGGUUGGAUCCCCGUAUGCAAUCUCCUUCGACUGGGUCGGUAGAAAUCUGUACAUCGCGAACCAGGAAUCCUCGAGUAUCGAACUGGUUCGUGUCGACGGAAAGCGGAAGAAGCGAAUGGUGAUUUUAACGAACGACGGAACCGACAUCGGAGUCGGGAAACCUGUUGCCAUUUCCGUUGAUCCACAGAACGGUAAACUGUACUGGUUGGAUCAGGGUGGUGCUGGAGUACCGGCUAAGAUUGGAAAAGCCAAUAUGGAUGGAAGCAACCCAGAGAUAUUGCUGAAGGAUAAUCUAACCCAUCCUGAGUUCCUUACACUAGACCCAGAUACAGAGAUGUUAUACUUCUCAACAAGCUUUAAACCUAAGCUUGAUCAAGGAGGGUUUAUACGUACGAUUGAAUCAAUAAACAGUGAUGGAUCUAACCGAAGAACAAUAAUAUCCUCAACAUCAAUGAUAAACAAACCAGCUGCUCUAGCGGUCAUGGAGAGAAGACUUUACUACCUGGAUCCAGACUUUGAGCAGGUUGUGCGGGUAGAUCUUCCUAAUGGAGAUAAUCCUAAGAUCCUGCUAGAUAAUGAAGCUGAUCUAAGAACUCUGAACAUAUACAGGAAGCGACCACGCCCUGGAACACACCCCUGCCUAACCAACCAGGGUGGUUGCAAUCAUAUUUGUAUCCCUGCAAGCUCCAACACUAGAACUUGUGGAUGUUCGGUUGGAUUCCAGAAAACUCCAGGUUCUGAAACUGGUUGCCAACCCUACGACUCCUUUGCAAUUGUCUCUCAACUUCACCUAGCGAGAGGUUUCAGUCUUAAAGAUCAAGGAGAGGCCAUGAUGCCUAUAUCAGGAAAAGGCCACAAUAUCCUGCAUAUUGAUUACCAGUUUGAUGAGAACUGGAUCUACUGGGUGGAUUAUGAAGAGGAUCAACAUAAUGGAAUUUACAGGAUUAAACCUGAUGGAACAGAUAGACAUCAUGUUGUCCAUGAUGGGAUUGGUAAGUCUGGUAUCCGUGGUGUAGCAGUAGACUGGAUAAACAAGAACCUCUACUUUACCAACGUGUUUCCUCAUGAAACCUAUAUAGAGGUUUGCUGGUUGGACGGAAAGUAUAGGAAGGUUAUCUACAGCUCUACUACGGAUAGCCCAAGGGAGAUUGCCGUGAACCCUGUGAAGAAGUACAUCUACUGGUUGGACUACGGACAAUUCCCUAUGCUAGCCAGAGCCUGGUUGGAUGGAACUCACAGAGAAACCUUGGUUACGUCAGGGAUCAGUAAUCCUAGAGAUUUAACCAUAGAUAUGCAGACACAUGAUAUAUACUGGGUGGAUUCUAAACAUGAUGCAAUCUAUAAGAUACCCUUUGACGGAGGAAACAAACCACAGGUUAUCCGGGAUCAUUUGCCCAACCCUCGUGGUCUAGCUCUGCUCAAGGGAGACAUCUAUUGGGUAGAUAGAAACCUACAGAAUAUUUUCAAAGCUAGUAAACUUCCGGGUCAGGUGGCACCACCUGAAACGGUUAAAUCAGGACUGCAAGAUCUUAGAGAUAUUGCAAUUUUCAAUGUUGAAAACCAGCCAAGAUCAGAAACGUCUUGCUCCAAACUUGGAAAUGGUGGUUGCUCCCAACUCUGCUUUACUCCUCCUGAUGGAGAAACUAGUAUUGGACUCUGUGCCUGUGCUGCCGGAGUCCUGGAUACAGAUGGUAAAACCUGCACGAAUGCCAAGAACUAUAUUGUUUACACUACAAGGUCGGAGAUUAGGUCAGAGUUUAUUCCUCUGAAUGUGUCCAACUCUCCGGCACAGCCACCCUUUGAUCCAAUUGUGAACAUGUCCAAUGUUGUCGGCAUAGAGUUUGAUUAUGCUGAUAACCAACUUUUCUUCACCCAGAUCCGACCUGAACCCUUAAUCGGGUGGAUGGACGCUAAAAACCCCAGUGUUAAUUUUACAACUAUACUAUCUGAUAAAAUGAGAGGGAUAAAUCCAGAAGGAAUUGCAUACGAUUGGGUUCACAAGAAGAUAUAUUGGACUGACAGUAGAAAUAACUCUAUUUAUUCCAUGAACCGGGACGGAUCUCAGAUCAUAGAUAUGGUUAGAGUAGAGCGGCCUAGAGCCAUUGCAGUCCAUCCAUGCAAGGGAUACAUGUUCUUCACAGACUGGGGACAUUUUGGAGAGAGUGGAAAGAUCUACAGAUCUACAAUGGCAGGAACACACAAAACUCCUAUAGUAGAGAGCAACCUAACUCAACCCAGCGGGCUCACCAUUGAUUAUGAACAUGACUUCAUUUAUUUCACAGAUGCUGUUCGUGAGGUCAUUGAGAGAUGUGAUAUAAAUGGAACCCGGCGGCAACUCCUGGUUUCAGCAACUAUCUAUCCAUUUGCCAUCACUGUUGAUAGGGAUUUCAUCUACUGGACGGAUCUACAGCUCAGGGGACUAUUCAGAGCUGAGAAGCAUACAGGAUACAACAUGGAGGAGGUGGUGAAACGUUUAGACAAUUCUCCCCGGGAUAUUCAGAUAUACAGCGAGGAAAAACAGGGGAAAUGUGAGAUUGAGCAGUGCAAUAUUGACAAUGGUGGAUGUGCUGACAGCUGUCAUCCUUCAGUAAAUGGAGAACCAGAAUGCCAUUGUUCAUACGGUAAAGCAGUGAAUGAAGGGAAGCAGUGUGUGAAUGAUACAGUAUCCUGUGAUGGGAACAAGUUUCAUUGUGGAAAUGGUAAAUGUAUUUCUAGACUCUGGGCUUGUGAUGGUGAUGAUGAUUGUGGUGAUAAUACUGAUGAAGCCUUUGAUUACUGUAGUUAUCACACAUGUGCACCCUCUGAAUACAGAUGUGGAAAUGGUCGCUGUAUUUUCCAAACCUGGCAGUGUGAUCAUGAAGACGACUGCGGAGACGGGACUGAUGAGAUUGAUUGUGAAUAUCCAGGUUGUGCAGAGGGAGAAUUUACUUGUAAAAACUCCAGAUGUAUCCCAGAGAACCAAGUUUGCAACGGUAUUAAUGACUGCAAAGAUGACACCACCAGUGAUGAAUUAAUUGAAAUGUGUAAGUCUAGAAAUGUAACAUGUCCCCCUAACCACCUUCAAUGUAAAUCAACAACCAUCUGUGUUGAACCAUUUUGGCUUUGUGACGGAGACAAUGAUUGUGGAGAUAACAGUGAUGAAGAUCCUCUACAUUGUAGUUCCAGAUCAUGUCCUCCGAACAGUGUGAGAUGUCCUGAUCACAGAUGUAUUCCAGCAACCUGGUAUUGUGACGGCGAUCCAGAUUGUGCAGAUGGUAGCGAUGAGCCUAAAGACUACUGUGAGUCUGAAAAGAAAACUUGUAUUGGAGAUCUAUUCACAUGUGAUAAUGGAAACUGUAUCCCACGUAUCUAUCUCUGUGAUGGAGAUAAUGACUGUCUUGACAACUCUGAUGAGAAUGCUGAACGCCAAUGCAACAAUAGACAAUGUGAUGCUGUGACUGAGUUUGAGUGUACACAGAACAAAUUAUGGAACCGUGCAAUGUGUAUUCCGGUGAAGUGGGUUUGUGACGGGGAUCCAGAUUGUGUAGAUGGAGCUGAUGAAAACUCAACCCUAACUGGAUGUACUAGACCUGAAGAGCAAUGUGGUGAGGAUCAGUUCAAGUGUGGGAAUGGACGAUGCAUCAAUAAAAACUGGAAAUGUGAUCAUGAUAAUGAUUGUGGAGAUGGGACUGAUGAAGGGAAGGAGUGUGGUAAACUUUAUGCUACUUGUAGUUCUACUGAGUUUGCUUGUGAGAAUGCAAAAUGUAUCAAUACCAACUACAGAUGUGACGGAGAGGAUGAUUGUGGAGAUCACUCUGAUGAAGUAGGAUGUGACAAGUCUAACUCUACUUGUACUGACGGACAAUAUCUGUGCAGAAACCAGAAAUGUAUUGAUUACGACAUGGUCUGCGACAAAAAGGACGACUGUGGGGACGAGAGCGACGAACCCCUGCACUGUGGGCAGAAUGAGUGUGAGAAUGUAGCAACGAAUGGAUGUGAACAUCUAUGUAUUGAUACUAAAGAAUCCUUCAAGUGCAAAUGCAAUUCCGGAUACAGACUGAUGGAGGAUGGUAAGGCGUGUAUAGAUAUAAAUGAAUGUAUCAACCCCCCUGCAGAUAAACCAUGCAGCCAACUUUGUGUAAACACAGAGGGAGAUUUCACUUGUAAAUGUGACGCUCAGUUUUACACUAAAGAACCCGAUUCUAGAACCUGCAAGAGAACAGAUAAUAUUGAACCUUGGAUACUAUUUACAAACAAAUACUAUCUCAGGAACAUGUCCACAGAUGCUAGAGAAUACAACCUAGUCAUUCAGAAUCUAAGAAACGUAGUUGCACUUGACUAUGAUUACGAUCAGGAGGAAAUUUAUUUCUGUGAUGUAUCCGCCAAGACCAUUUUUAAAUCUAAAGUUGGAUCUGAAGAUCGAACCAAUAUUAUCCGUCAUGAGAGCAAUGGUUUGGAGGGUAUGGGAGUGGAUUGGGUAGGAAGGAAACUAUAUUGGUUGGACCGACACACUAAGCAUCUGAGUGUAAGUGAGCUGGAUGGUACUUACAGGAAAACUCUGAAAACCAAUGUAGAUGAUCCCCGAGCCCUGGUGGUGCAUCCCGGCAUUGGAUAUAUCUUCUUCACUUCUUGGCAUCUUCAAGCUUAUAUUGGGAGGAUUGGAAUGGAUGGAUCAAACAUGACAAGAAUAGUUGCUACAACUCAAGGAGACAAAUUGGCCUGGCCUAAUGCUCUGACAAUAGAUUAUUUUUCUGAGAAGAUCUGGUGGGCUGAUGCUCAUCUGGAUUAUAUUGCUUUCUCAGAUUUUGAUGGAAAUAACAAAAAGAUGGUUCUGGAGGGAAACUCUGUUCCCCAUGUUUUUGCCAUAACAAUCAUGGAUGAUUACAUUUAUUGGACGGAUUGGAAUAAAAAGGCAAUUCUUAAAGCUCAUAAAUUUACUGGAAACGACUACACAGUUCUCCGAAAUACCACACACAGACCUUAUGAUAUUCAUGCUUAUCAUCCACGCAGACAAAUAAAAUAUGAUAAUCCGUGUGCAAACCAGAAUGGUGGUUGUUCACAUCUCUGUCUCAUCUCUCCAAACAAUAUGGAGGGAACUAAGUAUAUGUGCGCCUGCCCUAACGAUUUUAUCCUAACUCGAGAUAAUAAGACCUGUAUUCCUAACUGUACAGAGGGUCAGCACAGGUGUGGAGGAUCUGAUGAUAAAUGUAUCCCCUUCUACUGGAAGUGUGAUGGAUCAGAGGAUUGUCAGGAUGGAAGUGAUGAGCCUGCCUCAUGCCCUCCAAGAGAAUGUAAGGAGGGUCAGUUCCAGUGUAAGAAUAAUAACUGCACCCUGGUUACUGCUAUCUGUGACGGGAGGAAUGAUUGUGGGGAUAUGAGUGAUGAAGAGCACUGUAGCCAUGAAUGUUCUGAACAUGAGUUUAAAUGUAAAUCAACUGGAAAAUGUGUGCUGGGAGCCUGGAAGUGUGAUGGUGAUGCUGAUUGUGCUGAUGGCAGUGAUGAAGCUGAUGAUGUUUGUCACAACAGAGAAUGCGAUGAGGAGACAGAGUUCAAGUGUAACAAUGGCAAAUGUAUUCCAACUUUGUGGAGAUGUGACUUUGAUGAUGAUUGCGGCGAUGACAGUGAUGAACCUGCUCAUAUUUGUAGAAAUCAGAACUGUACAACUGGCUGGAGAAGAUGUCCAUCCCAUUCCAACUACAGGUGUAUUCCAGAAUGGUUGUUCUGUGAUGGAAAGGACGACUGUAGAGACGGAACUGAUGAAUUGGCUGAAAACUGUCCUAAAUGCGAAGACAAGGGAGACUUCAAAUGCAGAAACAAUAGAUGUGUUCCUCAGCGCUGGACUUGUGACUUUGAAAAUGACUGUGGAGAUAAUUCAGAUGAGAGUGAAGAUUUAUGCUCUGGAAAAUACAGAGAAUGUUCAGAAUCAGAAUUCAAAUGUGGCAAUGAUAAAUGUAUUCCUGCAAGAUGGCAGUGUGAUCAUGAUGAUGAUUGUGGUGAUGGUAGUGAUGAAAGCAGCUGCAAAGAUCACAAAUGUCCUGAAGAUAGGUUUAAAUGUAACUCUGGACAUUGUAUCAAGAAGGAACUUCUCUGUGACGGAGACAAGGACUGUCAGGAUCUGUCUGAUGAGUUGACAUGUCCUCCCAGAUUCCCUGGUGGCAAAUAUUGUCCCGAGGACAGAUUUGAAUGCGCGAACCAUCUGUGUGUUAGAUUAUCCGACCUCUGCGAUGAUAUUGAUGAUUGUGGGGAUGGUUCUGACGAAGAGGCCGGAAUUUGCCAAAAUUUCACCUGCGACAAAGUGGAUAAAUUCCAGUGCGCAGAUGGGAAAUGUAUUCCCAAAUCUGGCCUUUGCGAUGGGAUCAAACAGUGUGCUGAUGCUAGUGAUGAAAAUGACAUGUCUCUCUGUGGUGCCAAACCUGAUGUUCCUUGUCAAUUUAACGAGUUCAAAUGUGCAAAUCACAAAUGUGUUAUGGCGUCAAAGAUGUGUGAUCUAAAUGAUGAUUGUGGUGAUGGUAGUGAUGAAAGAGGUUGCCACAAUGCGGGUUCAUGUGGUGAUCAUUCUGAAGGCAAUGGUGGUUGCCAGGAGAACUGUUCCAAUAUCCCAGGUGGUGGAUAUAUUUGUCAUUGCCUCAAGGGAUCCAUCAUUGAUCGAAAUAAUCCUAAAAAAUGCCUGGAUGUUAAUGAAUGUGAAACUGAUUACAAUUACUGUUCACAAAUCUGCACAAAUUUUCCGAAUGCGGACUAUCCUGAUCAAAAAGGAACGUUUGCCUGUUCAUGCAAACCUGAUUUUGAAGCUACUGAUGAAAAUUCUGGUGUCUGCAAAGCUAUUCGUGGAGAAGCAGAACUAUUUUUUGUCAAUAAAGAUGAAAUAAUCAGUCUGGAGUUAGGAGCAAGCAACAGGGCAAGAGAGAUUAUUAAAGAGCAAGAAAGAAUUCCCAGCAUUGAUUUCGACCCCUACAACAACAUGAUAUUCUGGGUUGAUGAUCAGGAUAAGAGCGUAAAAAGAUCUUUAAUCCCACAAAUGCAUCCUGGCGCUGAGAUCGGAUAUCCUCAAUACCUUCAACAAACAAGUAAAUCCGGGAAACCAUCCUCGAUUGCCUAUGACUGGGUUGGAGAGAAUCUCUACUGGACGGAGACAGAGUAUUCAGGUGGUAAAAUCAUGGUUUCUAAAAGAGACGGUAGAUAUGCUAAAGUUCUCAUUGACUCUAGAAUAGAAGAUCCUACCAGUGUUGCUGUAGACCCUGAGCUGGGUUUCAUGUACUGGGCAGAUGCUGGAAAUAAACCUAAGAUUGAAUCUGCCUGGAUGGACGGAAGCAACAGGAAAAUAAUUGUCUCUGAGAGAAUUCUGCGUCCAACAAGUUUGACCAUUGAUUACCUAAUGGACCAUACUAUUUACUGGACUGAUGCUAAAGCCAAUAUUAUUGAAUCCAUGUCAAGAACAGGAGAAAGGCGUCAUGUCAUUGUACGAUCUCCAUUCGUCAUUCGUCCCUUGUCUAUCGAUGUUUUUGAAUCCAUGAUGUACUGGGUGUCUGAGAACUCAAGAGGACUGAAUAUUGUAAAAAUGGACAAGUUUGGUAGAGGCCAGCCUGUAAUAGUGGCCGGAGAUAUUCAAGGAUCCUCAGCGGUUAAAGUCUUCCAUCCUCUCAAGUAUAAUCUGACACUGGAUAACCCAUGUUCAACAUCUGGUUGCUCACAUCUUUGUUUGUUGGUUCACGGAGGAUAUAGAUGCUUGUGCCCGACCAAUUUUAGAUAUACUGAUGGAAAUAAACAGACUUGUGACGCAACAAUAGAACCUCCUAAGGCUGAACCCCUGGUUUGUCAUUGUCAGAAUGGCGGCUACUGCAAGGAGACCGUAUCCGGCGAGACCAGCUGUGUGUGCACUGAGAACUUUGUCGGCCAUUACUGUGACAUCAGACGGGAUCAGACAAUCACCCGCGCGGGAACAUCAUCAGCUGCUGUCGCUGUUCCGGUCAUUCUCAUUAUUAUCGUUAUUCUGUGCGCCCUGGGGCUUUAUGUUUACUACCAGAGGAAGCGCGGAGAGACCAAGAUAUUGGGUGGUUUGAGUAACAGUGUUUCAUUCCGUGAUGGAUCUAAUGUCGAGUUUGAUGGGCCAACUUUCAGUCCUCCUCCACUUAAUCCGGGAAAGGAAACCCAAGUCGGUUUGGGAGGGUUGAGUGAUUCUAACCGAGAUUUCUCUAAUCCCAUGUAUGAUAUGCAGAGCGGUAGACAAGAACCAGUACCAUCUCAUGUAUCACAAUCAAAUAUUGGAGUUCACAGAGAACUAAACCCUGUGACGAUAGACACUGGCAAGGACACACAAUGUCUAGUUGAAGACGACAGUGAAUGCUAGUGAAACAUUCUCAUUUACAAAAAUUUACUCGUGGAUUUUAUCCGCUAACUUCUAGUGGAUUUUAUUCUAAAAUGCUUGGCGGAUUUUCCAGGGAAUUGAAGCCAAUAAGAGAGGGUUUGGUUAUAUCCAAUAUGUGUGAUACUCAGACGUGAUAAACAACGUAAUUGUGGGAUUGUUAUGUUGCACUUAACAUCCACAAAUGUCAGAUAAAGACAUGAUGAUCCAGGAGUAUUUUUAUUUUACAUUCCAAUAUAUUGAUAUAUCAUUUUCUUUAAUGAUACUUACUUUUAAGCAAACCAAGAUUUUACAAGCAGUAAUUUUACUAUGCAAUAAGUUUUAAAUUUUAAUUAUUCAGCUUCACGACUAUGCAUUUAGAUAUUCAUUAUAAACUAAACAACUGAAUAAAAAGUAAAAAUUUUAUCCCUAGGACUGUAAUUUGAAUGAUCGACAAUUUUAAGUUGUUAAAUAUGUUAUAAACCUUGUGCUGAUUAUAAAUAUGUAUAAAAACGCAAUGCCAAAUUGUAUGUUAGAUUUUUAUCUUUCAAUAAAUCCGUCCAAGUUG